UUACUUUCACAUGUUCGUUUCCUCUCUCUCUUUUGCCAGGCCAGAGAUCGCAUUCAUUCUUUGCUUCUGCCUUUUAUAUAUCACGAGAUCCCCAUCUCUUUUUCUCUUUCUUUUCCCUUCCCUUUCUCUCUCUAUGUACAGUUCUUCUUCAUAGCUUCUCUUUCUGCAUUUCCUUCUCCAUUUCUAAACUAAAAACCCAAUGUCAGAAAUGGGUCUUAAUGGUCUAACUGAUCGGUUGAAAAACUCACUGAGCUGCAAUGAAUUUAACAACGACGGCACCGAAAUUAACAAGCCCGAUUUCAGGGAACUGGAUCUGAGUUCACCUGUUUCAACCCGCCCCAAAUCGAAUGGACUCACCACUUCAACAAGCAGCAGCUCCAGCUCAUCCGGAUCAAUGUCGGGUCAGAAUGGUUCCUACCCGAAUCCUAACAGGUUCAAUACGAAUCACUCCGGUGAACUUUCCGGUUCAGUAGACAGCUCACGUCGGUUCAAACCAGGCCAUACCAGGUCCCGGUCCGAUUCUCAACCGCUAAUCUACUCCGGUAGAAGCUCUGUAAAUUCCCCUGCUUUAAAUUCACUUCCCACAGGCAAUAUUUGCCCUUCAGGUAAAAUUUUAAAAACAGUCAUUCCUAGUAAAUCUUCAAAGACUGACGUUUUUGGGUCAAGGACCGGAAAUUAUGGCAUUGGCAGCAUAAUUCGGGGCGGUGGGGUUGAUAUUAGCGGUGCUGCCAAUGCCGUAAAAGAAAAAACUUACUCGCAGUUUACAUCAAAUCCAGAAGAGUUGAAGAGAAUAGGGAAUGUGAAUUAUAAGAAGGGUAAUUUUGCCGAGGCUUUGAAUUAUUAUGAUAAAGCUAUAGCGAUUUCGCCUGGAAAUUCUGCAUACCAUUGUAAUCGGGCAGCUGCAUUGAUGGGUCUUAAACGGGUGGCGGAGGCUGUAAAGGAAUGUGAGGAAGCUAUUAGAUUGGAUCCGUCAUAUUUUAGGGCGCAUCAACGGCUAGGAUCUUUGCUACUUAGUUUAGGACAGGUUGAAAAUGCCAGAGAUCAUAUGUGCUUCCAAGGGCAUCAGCCAGAUCAGGCCGAUUUACAGAAGUUGCAAGCAGUGGAGAAACAUAUUGGAAAAUGCACUGAUGCCCGUAGGGUUAGUGAUUGGUGGAGUACAUUGAGAGAAGCUGAUGCAGCAAUUGCUUCUGGAGCUGAUGCAUCUCCUCAGCUAUUUGCAUGUAGAGCGGAAGCUCUUUUGAAGCUACACCGAUUAGAGGAUGCUGAAUUGAGCCUAUCAAAUGCUCGCAAGUCUGAAUCAUCUACUGUGGGAUCCCAGUCAAAAAAUUUUGGGAUGCUCUCUGAAGCAUACAUACUAUUUGUUCAGUCUCAAAUGGAGCUGGCUCUGGGAAGGUUUGAAAAUGCACUUACCACCAUUGAGAGAGCUGGACAGAUUGAUCCUCGAAGUAUUGAAGUUUCAGUUUUAUUCAACAAUAUGAGGUUGGUGGGACGAGCUCGUGCACGUGGCAACGAUCUAUUUAAAUCUGAGAGAUACACUGAAGCUUGUGCGGCUUAUGGGGAAGGUCUCAGGCUAGAUUCUUCAAAUGCAGUUCUAUACUGCAAUAGAGCAGCCUGCUGGUACAAACUCAGGCAGUGGGAAAAAUCAGUGGAUGAUUGCGAUCAAGCUCUCCAUAUUCAGGCAAAUUAUACUAAAGCCCUUCUUCGAAGAGCUGCCUCAAACACCAAGCUAGAAAGAUGGGCUGAAGCUGUUAGAGAUUAUGAAGUUUUGAGGAAGGAACUUCCACAGGACAAUGAAGUUGCUGAAUCAUUAUUCCUAGCCCAAGUUGCCUUAAAGAAAUCACGUGGAGAAGAUGUUUACGAUAUUAAAUUUGGUAAGGAGGUGGAGUUGGUUUCGGGUCUUGAGCAGUUUCAAACUGCAAUCUCAUCACCUGGUGCAUCUGUAGUCCAUUUUGAAGCAGCAUCCAACCUAAAAUGCAAGCAGAUAUCUCCAGUUUUUCACACAUUAUGCACUAAAUAUCCUUCCAUGAACUUUCUCAAGGUGGAUGUGGACGAGAGCCCGGCAAUUGCUACUGCAGAGAAUGUCAGAAUCCUACCAACAUUUAAGAUUUACAAACAGGGCAGCUGCAUAAAGGAGGUAGUUUCGCCAAGCCCAGAGGUGUUGGAGUCAUUGGUGAGGCAUUACACUAUUUAAGAGCAUGAUUGCCAUGUAAUCAUCUUCUUCUUCGCCUAUUAGCCUUGCUCUUCUCUCCCACUUAUUAUACGGAUUGAUAAUACCUGAGACAUAGUCAGAGUUACCACGUAAUACUCUCAGCCAAUUCAAAUGCCGAUGGCCUUCAGAGGGAUAGUUUAUUUUUCUUUUUUCCCCUUUUUAAAAAUUCAUUCAUUCCUCAUUACUCCCUGGCUUCAAAUUUCUUUCCAUCUCCCUUUCUUUCUUCCAUUUUGUUUUUCACCUUUUCGCUUCUCUUCCAUUUGCAUUUAUAGGAGUGGCCUCCCUAGUGUAAUCCAUCUUUAGUUUGAGGAGAAAUAGUGAAGCAUGUAAAAUUUAAUUUAUGGCCAUCUAGCUGAACAUUUAGAGAAGAGAAGUGGCUGGCUGGCUGGUUAUAGAUGAGGAUCUACACAUGUAUAUAUACGAUCAUAUAUACAAACCCAUUGGAGACCGAGAAUGGGAUAUUGGACAUCAAAAAUAUUGGUACUUACUAGGUCUAGGUUAGCUCAAGGAUGAAAAUGUUGCUGUUAUUGGAUAUUGAUAUUGAUGUUUCUUUGAUAAAUUAUUGUAUCAAUAAAGUUUCAGAUUCCUUUGGUCUUGCUA